GAGUUGGCUGCAACCGCGACGGACCUCUUGGUGCACCAUCAUCACCAACAGCAACAGCUUCGUGUGUCGAAAGCACUGGUAUCAACAUCGCCAUCCGCUUCGGUCACUUCGACGGCGUCCACCAACCAUCAUGCGACUGCGACAGUUGCUGCAGCAACGCCACCCUGCAACUCCAGGAACAAUAGUAAUGACAGCAGUACUGCCGCUGCACUAGCAGGAGGUAAUUCCGUCGACCAUCAUGGAGGUAGUGCUGCCUCUCCAACGGAGGAAUCGGUUGCUGCGGUAGCCGCCGUUUCAGGUGGUUCAAUUUUCACCAGCAGCAGUAACCUUCAUCAACAUUCCUUUGACCGAUUGCCGUCACUAUGUGCAUCUCCAUUAUCCGCAUACCGACACCACUCAGGCACAUCGUCGUCGGCUACAGUUAUUGGUAAUGGCAAUAAUUGUAGCAACAUGAUCCUCGCGGGAACUGCUACAUCAAAUGCAUCUACUGCCUCCGCUUCGCUUGGUGGUGCUGGCCAUGGAGCUAGUGGACUUAUGUCCUCGUCUCCUCAUUCCCAUGUGGCACUAAUCAGCGCCGUAACUCCUGCCCUCGGAUUUUCAAUAACCAAUGGAAGCGAUGUGCAACCAUCGUUGCUUGCUGUAGAUCCCGAUGAUGAUGCUCACCAUUCUUAUCAUCACGGCAUGCACAUGGCACCCUCUCCUCAUCAUCAUCAUCAUCAUCAUCAUCUAUAUCAUCAUCAUCACCAUCACGACUAUCAUCAUCAUGCGGCUGCUGCUGCUGCUUUGCUUGGUGGCUUCACGAGUGGAAGUGGUUUGGUCGAUUGUGUCAGUGAUGGUACCAACUGUGCCGAUCGCGAGGACUCUACCGGAUUUCUCUCGGUGGCAAGUACGUCCGCAAGCAGUGCUGUUGGGAAUUACUGUCUUAGUGCAGGGGUGGACAGUGCGACAGGGUUGGUACAAGCUGUAACGGUGCCCACAGCAUUAUCGGCGACGCAUGAUAGCGAUGAACCCGGAACAACUGCUGAGGGUAGAUCAAUGAAUAUUAGUAGUGAAAUCGGUGUUCUGCGAUCGCAUGAUCGGCCGGCCUCAUCGUCUUCGGCUAUUUCGAUGGCUGCUAGGACGGCUGCUGCAGCAGCAGCGGCCGUUGUUGCUGCCUCGAACCAUCACCACCACAUUCAACAGCAUCCUCCGCCGGAUUCGCCAUACCAUCAUCAUCAUCGUCCUUUGCCAAUGGAUAUUUCGGCAUUGUAGGGUAUGAAGCUUUUACCAUUGAACGCUUUUUAUUGAUUUCCGGUGUAGCUAUCGAUGAUGGAACUAGUAUCCAACCUACGCAUGGUGAAAAAUAGCAAAGGAAAAAGUGUUGAAAAGAAAAGAAAAUGAGCAAUUUUAGUGAUGAGGAUUAUUCAGGGAGCAGUUAAUCUGUUGCAUCAAAGAAAUCUCUUGAACAAUUGAAUCAAACGUGUAAAUAUUGAACGCAAUCCAUCAGUUUUGUCUACUGCUGUAGAAUUGAGCUGAGCUCUUUAAAAUACAUGCACUAGAGCACUCCGUGUUUUAUCACUUCCUGUUGGAUGGCACAGAAGCGAACUACUCUCGAUACAAGUUGAUUAACGUUAAUUCCAUCUCGACGUAAAUAUGAGGUCCAAAUGUUGUCCAUCGGUCCAGCUACGAAGAAAGGGACUUUUCAAAGAAAAAAAAAUCGAAGAAAGGAGCUCGUCGUCGAUCGCAGGGUCGAUCGUAAACAUAGACAAGCAUUGGAGCGCGCAAAGUACGACGUUUUUACGUGUAAUGUGUGAUAUUAUUAUUUUUUCUUUAUUUUGUUUACUUUUCAUAUAUAUUUUUUUGUUUAAAUGUGGGAUAUAAUGUACAGACUGUACCGAGGAAAUCUUAUGGCAAAUCAGAUCUAAUAUUAAUAUUACUGUCGAUAAAUUAUCGAUGAUGUUAGUGAGAGUAGACAAAACUGAACACGAAAGCUUACCUUAUGUUCGGGUAAGUGAAAUGUAACAUACGAAAAAACAAACACUUGUGAAUAGGUAUUAGUUGUUAGGCUACGUUUCUCUAUUUUGUCCUGAGCUGCUGUUAGUAUAACUUUAAAAAAGAUGGACUCGAAGAUAUGAAUUAUUUGUAAUGGAGAAGCAAAUUAGGAACCCAGCACUGUAACGUUUUAGUUCGUUCUAUAAAGCCUCUCUUACUCGCUGGGAAUGUAUUUCUGUAAAAAGCAAGCAAGCAAUGUUUAUUACGUAUCUACGUAUCCAAUAUAAUUAUCAUUUUCAUAUAGUAAAGCUUAUACAGAAUAAGUAAAGCGGUGAAUUCAAAUUCAUUGAAUAUAGAUCAUUGGUUUGUGGGAGUAGGACAGUCAUACGCCUUGAUGGCAAAUUUCCUUCGCAACCUUUGGCAACUAAAACGAAAAAGAAAUGAUUCACUUUAACAAAUAUUCCAUUGUUUUCAAUUAUUUGUUUCGUCUGUUCACAAGCAUCAUUGCCCAGUAAAAUCAAAAGUGAGCAUUAUUUUAGCUGUGUAAUACAAUAUUUUCAAUAUAUUUACCUUUUGAAAUUCUCAAAUAGAACUGUUUCUCUUUUCGGAUGUGAAUCCUUUCUUAUUCAUGGAGAGAUUAUUAGAAUACAAGUUUGAAGUGCGUGAAUGCGAGGGAGGCGUUGCAAAAAAGAAAGAAAGUUAGUCAAGUUUGUAUGUACAGAUGCAGCAAAAACCAGAAACUGUAAAGGAAGUACUGAAAAAUACACACAACAAAUGAACUAUAAAUAAAAUAGAUGAAAAGAAAUCACACAAACCAAUGAUAAAAAUAUAUUGCACUGUAAAAAAGCGAAUUUGAACAUGAGCGACAUCAUCUUUCUCUAUAGCUGCCGGUUCCCGAUAAUAAAUGAAACGAUCGCUAAAAUAAACCGUCGGAAUAUAAACUGCGCUAGACAUGAUGUAUGUGUACACAAAAUAUAAACAAAGUACAGAUUAGCGAGGCAUAGAAGAAAGAAGACAGGUAUACAAAUUCGGAACAAAUGUAAUAAUACUGUGAACGAAACGACAAAACAAAACAACCCGAACAAGAAA